UGUUUAUCUUCACAACUGGAGUGAAAAAGCUUUAGAGUAUUUUAUUGUAUGUGGUACAAUAGUAAAAGAAAUUAUGCAAGAAUUCAUUCAUUCAUUUUCAAUUUUUGAUAGUUUAAAGGUAGAUAAUAAUAUUUUGUCACAUUUCAAACAAGAAUAAGGUACUAUUAAUUUUUAGAAAAUUUGUGUUGUGGGUAUUCAUUCUUUUUAUGGAUAAAAUAAUAAUUAUUUCAGGUACACAGUACAAACUCACAGACCUCAGAGAAUCCUAUAGUGUCACAAAGGAGACACAGGUUGAUCCUCUUGAUUUUCAACCAAUGCCAGCUACCCCCACCAUGCAGAAGACCUCCACCCCAGUAUCAACACCAAUCAGUAAGUGUACAUCCCCAAACACAACAUUCAGUUCCGCCACCGAAAAACAUGACUCUACUUGGGAACCAACAUCAGAUAUGGAUGACAGUGAAGAUGAUACUAUCAUUGAUGAAGAUUGGGACAGAUCUGACACACUGAAGACCCCAAAGUACAUGGUUUUCGAACAAUGUCUUAUGUCUCUAUUCACAAUAAGUACAGUCUGUUUCUCAAACACUUCGGCUCACAUCAAACAGAGACUGGGAAGUUUUAUAAGUGUCCUACAAGAGUGUUCAUGUGGGCAUAUCAGAGAAUGGCAUUCCCAGCCAAUGAUCGGGAAACGACCAGCAGGGAACAUUUUAAUAUCAAGUGCAGUGUUGUUUUCUGCUGUGAAUAUAGAGAAAGUUUUGCGAAUGUUUAAAUUUAUACAUUUUUCUAGUGUUAGUGCUACAACUUUCUAUAAAUAUCAAAGAGGAUAUAUGUGGCCAGCUAUUGAAAAAAUUUGGAAUUGAACAAGAAAUGCAAUGCUGGAAGGAAUAAGAUCAAGACCUGGGAAAGUUAUACUUGCUGGUGAUGGUAGGUCUGACAGCCCUGGACAUUGUGCCAAAUAUGGUUCUUACUCUCUUCUUGACAUCCGCUCUGGAAGGGUUAUUGAAAUCAAAUUAG